AUGUUACUCUGGCACAACCAACCAGAACAUCUGUGGCCCAGCCCGGGGGAGCUAUACCCCUGUCCCACUAGCAAUCUGCUCAGGGAGUCCCUGGCACUGCCGUACCUGAAGCAGGACCCUGCCAGCAUUUCUACCUCGGACAUGCACUGUCCAGUUUUCCAAUAUGUCCUCUGUGCUGUCACAUCUCCUGCUGUCAAGCAACAUGAGGAAACACUCACCUACCUGAACCAGGGGCAAUCCUAUGAGGUCCGGAUGUUCUGUAACCCCAAACUAGGGGAUGCUUCCCAGUGGCCUCGACUGCUGAAGAGUGUGGUACGUGUGGUUUUUCACGACCGACGCCUGCAAUAUACUGAACAACAGCAGCUGGAGGGUUGGCGAUGGAGCCGUCCAGGGGACAGGAUACUGGACAUUGAUGUGCCCCUCUCAGUGGGGGUGGUAGAGCCCCAAGUACUGCCCUCACUCCUCAACACAGUGGAGUUUCUCUGGGAUCCUGCAAAGAGGACAUCUCUCUUCUUGCAGGUUAAUUGCAUUAGCACAGAGUUCACCCCUCGAAAAAAUGGUGGGGAGAAGGGUGUCCCCUUCCGCAUCCAGAUUGACACCUUCAAACCAGCUGACAAGGGGGUACCUAUAGAGCAUCUGCAUUCAGCCAGCUGCCUCAUAAAAGUCUUCAAGCCUAAGGGGGCUGACCGGAAGCAGAAAACAGACAGAGAGAAGAUUGAGAAGCAGUCACUACAGGAGAGAGAGAAGUAUCAGCCAGCCUAUGAGACCACUGUCUUCACAGAGUGUUCACCAUGGCCUGAGACCUCUACUGGUCUUCAUGCCUGUCCCAGCUCUCCUGGCCUGACUUCUCCCCGUUCUUUCAAGUUCCUGACUCCUGAAAGGAUCUGUUCCUCCCCACCCUUUUCCCUGGACAGCUCAGUGGACAGCCCUGGUGAGGCCCUCAGCCCUGGGGCUUCUAUCUCAGAGACACAGCAGUGGUUACACCGUCAUCGAUUCUCUGGCUACUGCAGGAUGCUGGCCAACUUCACUGGUGCAGAUUUGCUGAAACUAUCCCGCCAGGACCUCAUCCAGAUUUGUGGAGCUGCUGAUGGGAUCCGUCUCUCCAAUACCCUGAAAGCCAGGCCCAUCCGUCCCAGGCUUACCUUGUACGUGUCUCCAGAGGCCCUGGAGCAUGGAAGUGAGACCCCCCAGAGUACAGACUCAGGGUCUUACCAACAGGUUUAUCUGGAUGAGCUCAGCACUGCUGAACUGACCGGAAAACUGGCUGAACUCCUGUCUCUCCCAGCCAAUCAAAUCCAUCAGCUCUUUCGCCAAGGCCCUAGUGGCAUCCAUGUGCUCAUCAGCGACCUGGUGGUCCAAAAUCUGGUGGAUGAAUCCUAUUUUGUGGCUGUGGCAAAGAAAGAAUCCAGAUGGCUACCACUUGUUUCUGAGUUAGGCUCCCAACAGGGUACCCAGUCAAGACCAGCAGAAACAAAGGAUUUGGGAUGCAACCACCAAGGGAGGUGGGCAGAGUCCUCGGCUCAAAGGCUUGGCAUUAUCCAAGAUGCUCCAGGAACAGAUCAUCUGGAGGAACUGGGACUGUGGACUAGCCAUGAAGGAUUGGCACCUCCUGAGGGACCUGUCUCAAAUCCUCACGUGGAACAGACAUCAACAUCACUGUGUGAGCUCAACUGCUAG